AUGAUCAGUUGUGAAGCCGAGUGCACGAACUUGGACGGUGCAGGGGAAUAUGAGGAGACUUGUGACAUUGAGAGCGUUCAUACGCUGGAUCGUGUACACCCGCAAGGUUUCACACACAAACACACACACGUACUCCCCAAUCCGAAUGACGAACGCAUAGGGAAUUACCUCGAUCGUGAUGCGUGA